AUGGAUCCGCCGGAGGUGGAAAAGGAGGAGUUUGACAUUUCAAAGCGCGAUGCGAAGCGCCUGGCGGAACCACUCAUUAAGGCCGCCUAUGCGGACGGGAUCGAUGCCGGGCGGCAAACGCACUAUCAGCGCAAUUUUGACGAAGGCUACCGGAGCGGGUUUGCGGCUGGAUUCGAGCACGGUCAGCAGCAGGCACGCCGGGUGCUGGAGAAGCACCAGCAACAGUAAUGGGGUGACCGCAGAGCGGAAGCGAAAGGCUUGGCAGAGUGAUUUGGGUUACAAUAAAAGAACCCAUUCGCGCUGGCUCCUUUGAACUAUUUGCGAUGUUCGAUGUUGGGUUUCGAAGGUGUAGCGAUCAAAAUUA